AUGAUUGAAGCACCAAAUGAUAAAUUUCCUUAAAGAAAAUUUGCAAUCUAAACUGCUCUUGGAGAAGGAUCCUAAGGUAAGGUUUAUUUAGUCAAAGCAAUAAAUUGGGGAAUAAAUGAUCAAAAAUAAUAUGCCAUAAAAUAAUAAACAAAUAUUAAUGAAAAUGAAUAAGCAAUCAUAAAUAAUAUAAUCAAUUACUAAAAUGAAUAGUCCAAUCCACCAUCUUAAAUUAUAAAGACUUAUGAAAUAUUUAUAUAAAAUAAUAAGGUAUUUAUAGUAAUGGAAACUGGGGAAAUGGAUCUAUAUAAAUAUCUAACAUCAAAAUAGCAAAUUAAUUUAGAAGAAAAAAUUAGAAUUAUGAAAUAAGUAUUGAAGCAUAAGAUUUAUUUAGCUAUCUUUAUCGAUUUAGUUUUUUCAUGAAAACUUAAAAUUAGUUCACAGAGAUAUUAAACCUGAAAACUUUAUUAAAGUAGGAAAUGAGUUCAAACUAAUUGAUUUUGGGUUAGCUAAAAAGCCUUAAGAUCGAUUUAUGACAUAAAAUGUAGGAACACCAUUUUUUUAAGCACCAGAAUAGAUUUAAGGCCAAAACAAUUACACUUUUUCUGUUGAUAUAUGGUCACUAGGCUGUGUAUUUUUUGAAAUUUUAAAAGGGUAAACUUUAUUUAAUGGUAUUUUUUUUAAUUUAAUAUAGCAAAUAACAUCUAGCAAGUCUAAAACCUUGUGUUAAAUUACCAUUAAAAAUAUUUGGAGGAUCAAUUAAAUUAGAAUGAUAUACCUUAAAAUUUAAAGAGUCUUUUAAUAUAAAUGAUUUAAUAUAAUCCUAAAGAUAGAUUAACAAUUCAAGAAGUAGUAGGUAAAUUAAAUUAAAUGUAAACAGAAUACUUUAAUAAUAUAAUUGUUAAUUAGAAUUUAAAUAAGAAUUUGA